AUGGCCCCCGCCAGUGAUCCAGUGGUAGCCGGAGCCGAGCUGCAGCCUCCGUCUCCGUCUCCGGUCCCGCCAUCUGGGUCGACGUCGGCACUGGCUACGGGUUAUGAGUCUCCGUCUGAAGAGAAUCCGCCCUUCUUCUCCGUCGUGGCCUCGGCUCCAGCUGCUCCAGGGACAGCACAUUCAAGACAUCAUGUUGUGCCACGGCCGGCCUUGUCUCAACGGCCAUCGUAUAUCACUGCUAUACCUCCUGAGCAUACUAAUGGUCAUGCCCGUCCAGGUCGAUUGCUCAACAAUGAGUCUACUCUCACUUCAAAUAGCCUGAACCAUGUUAUCGCAACAGCUGAGAAGGGCCCCGGGAACCAAAAGGUUGGCAUUCGAGAUCGCAUCGCCUGCUAUCAAUGGACCUAUUUCACUAUGUUGGUCUCUAUUGCUGUAAUAUUAAUCAACACCUGCCAAUAUGGUAUUCCGUACACCGGCAUAUGGCUGGUCCACACCAUGGAGUGUGUCUUCUGGGUUUACGCUGCCCUGAGCGUCUCUCUCAGCGCAUUCCUAUAUCUUAUAUUAUGGUCUACUCUAAUAUUUCCCGUCCAUACCAUGACGCCAACUUGGGUCUUCCCAGCAUACCCUCUAUUACUCAAUGCCCCCUUCGCAGCAAACCUGAUCGCGGCUGCAGAUUCAGCUGGUCACAAACUAUCAACCAACACUGUAGCAAUGGCACUCGGGGCCACUGCUAUUCAAGGAACCGGUUGUUUGAUCGCUUUCAUGAUUUCAUCGGCCUUCAUAUACCGCCUCAUGACGCAGAAGCUCCCGCGGGACAUGCAGAGGCCCGGCAUCGUACGCACGCUCUCUCUCCUGUUUUUCGACGUUGCUGACCCUUACAAGUUCAUGUCUAUCGGUCCCUAUGGCUUUACAGCUGCUGGCAUAGCUCAACUCGGCAGCCAAGCAGACUUGGUAAUACCUCCAAACUUUCUUGACAAUCCUCAAUUUGGCGCUAUCAUUAAAGUCAUCAGCAUUCUCGUUAGCCUCUGGCUCUGGGGUCUUGCUAUGUGGUUCUUCAUAGUCUGUGUCGGCGCAUUGUGGAAAUACUCUCUCUCCGGCCAUCAUUUGCCUUUCCAGAUGACAUGGUGGUCUUUCGUUUUCCCUAAUACGGCUCUCGUUACUGCUACCAGUGUCAUGGGUAAAAUAUUUGAUAGCAAUGGCCUGCAUAUAUUUGCCUCUGUCAUGACCGUUGCAAUCAUCAUCGUCUGGGCUCUUAUCUUUAUCCGGAUGUGUUGGAGUCUGAAAUCGAGAAAACUUCUGUGGCCCAAGGAUGGAAGAUAG